AUGAAUGCAAGUAAUGCUAUGGCUGAACAUAAAUCGCAGUUGAUUAUUAUGGGUAAACGACCCACAGGAGUUCCAGUGGGGAAUCUCCCGUUUCUUUCACUCAAAGAACUACUUACACCGAAUUGGUUGGUGUUUACUGUUAGGUUUUUGUCCGACGUUGCUUUGUUGGUUUCUUGCAGUAGGCACUACCAGAAACAGCACUCGUGGGUUGAAGCUAUAAAAGCUUUGGGAGAUAAUCUUGGUGGUUUACAGUUUGGUGGUGGUGUCAACCCGGAAAACGCAGAGAGGUAUCUAGCAUAUGGUGCUAGCCAUGUCAUCGUCACAUCGUAUAUUUUUAGUCAAGGUGAGCUUGAUCUACAGAAGUUACAGAAGCUUGUGACAGUGGUCAGUAAAGACAAGCUACAUCUGGAUCUGAGCUGCAGGAAGAAGGAUCGCCAAUAUUUUGUCGUCACUGACCGCUGGCAGCGAUUCACUAAUUUGGUCGUGAAUAAAGAUACAGUAGAAGAGUUGAGAAAUAUUGCAGAUGAGUUCUCGGUUCAUGGAGUCGAUAUCGAAGGCAAAAGGUUAAGUGUUGAUGAGGAGCUAAUCACGGAUAAGUGGCUAUCAACCUGGGAAGAUAAAACCCUGUUUGGAGCAAUGUCAAAGUGCACUUUGUCGUUUUUUUGA